AGAGAAAGGGAAUAGAUUUUCAGUUGUGUCGGCUGAAGAAGCACACAGAUGGCGGCGAGCGCGUGUCUCCGGCUGCCGGCGGCGAUGGCUGUCCGGCGAGAGGAAGGCGCUCCGAAUUCAAAAUCUUCGCAGGAAAAACCGAGAAUUUAUCUCAACAAACCUUCAUGGAUAGUCACAACUCAGUGUGGCGCUAAGACGAGUAGAAAGGAGAAGGGUCGAUGCGUAAUCUGCCAUGGAACUGGAAGAGUCGACUGUUUCAAUUGUAGCGGGAAAGGGAGGACUAACUGCGUGGAUAUGGAGAUGCUUCCAAGAGGAGAGUGGCCCAAAUGGUGCAGGAGCUGUGGAGGGAGUGGUUUAUGUGAAUGCUCUCGCUGUCUUGGCACCGGAGAGUACAGAUACAUUAUGGGUUUCCGCUUCUUGAACAAACACGAUGACGUGGAUCCACAGUUAUGAGUUGCUGAAACGGUGGUGGUGAUGUUUCCUUACCAGUUUCUUUUUGUAUAUGUUCAGUGAAGACUUUAGUAUGUUUUGAUAUGUUUGCUCCAGACUUGUUUGGUUUUAGUGUGUUAAAUGUCUGUCACUUUUAAGUGUAAUUCUUUUCUCUGUAAGAACGCUACAAUAAUUAAUGUCUUCUCUUUA